AUGAAUAUACUAGACGACCUUGAGUCCCUCAAGUUUGAAUAUGGGAUUCCAGAGGAGGAGCGUUACUGGCUAUAUUUGAAGGGACGGUAUCGGGGAUUGAUGACCAAGGGCUGUGCCCAUGCAGCCUUCUUUUGCAAACUGCUCUGUACUUUGAGAGAAUUAUUGCAUGGGAGUUCAGGCACAGUAGAUUCCCGGUCUGCAACAUUUAAUGCUGCCAGUGCUGAGGAUGAGAAGAUAAAGGUGGGCAUCAUUGGAGGUGGCCACCUUGGAAAGCAGCUGGCUUACGUACUGCUGAGACGUGUCCCCAUCCCUGCUGAGAACCUGUGGAUCUCCACACGGAGGCCAGAGUCCCUGGCUGAGCUCCAGAAGCUGGGCGUCCGGUGCUCCUGCGACAACCCUUCUCUGGCCAGCUGGGCCAAAGUGUUGUUCCUCUGCUGCUUGCCGGCUCAGCUGCCCAACAUCUGCCUAGAAAUUCAAAACAAGCUCGAAAGGACCUGCCUGGUGUACAGCUUUGUAUCCGCCAUCCCGCUACCCAGGUUGAAACUUCUACUGAAUCACACCAAUAUACUGCGGCCCCACUAUCAGUUUGAGGAUUCGGACAACAUCUGGGGACAGAAUCAGAGCAUGGCAGAUGCUCUCAAGGAUCCCGAAAUUCUUCGGGCUACCUGUCCCUACUGUAAUAUUGGGGGAGUAAUCCUCAACAUCAAAUGGCUGGAGGCCGUGUUCUACGCGGUCAUCAAUGUCUGCACAUCAAUGAAUGUGUUUCACUCACACGUGCUGCAGCUUCUCAACAAAUUGUUCCUCUCUGUGCACUUAGAAAGCUGCAAGAAAGACAUAUCCUUGUGCCCCAAAUUUCGUUUAAUACAUUUUAUGAACAAAACCUACAUCAGGAACUUGUUUCGUAAAAGGCCUUUCCCCUGGUUUGAUCUGAUUGCUGUGCAACUCAAGGAAACUCCCUUUAGCCAGUACCUCUCAGCAACUCCUGUUCUGCAGGACCACCUUACUCUUAUGUACUGUGACUCAUUUGGCAUCUCCCAAAAUAAAGAAGAGGGUUCCACAGUUCUUCCACCCUAA